AUGAGCCCUAUAGCCUAUCUAUCCAUCCACUCGGACCCUCUGAAAGAGGCUGGUUUACCAAGGAGUCAAUCAGCUGAGAGCCACUCCUCUUCCUCCCGCUCAACUGGUCGUAGGCAGCUUCCUGUCAUUCCCUGUGGCAACAAGUUCCCCCCUGUCAUUCGCAUCUCAAAAGCACAACUUCAGCAGAUAACAAUACCCAGACCUUCAGUGGCAUCCACACAGUCUGCUUCGGAGAGCUUUCAUUAUGGCCACCAGCUAGAGAAAAGAGAGCAGGAUGCUCCGUCUAUGGAACACACUGUGGAACUUUCCUCUCCAAAGGAAAGCUUGCCAGGUUUGGUUGUGAAAGAAGAUGUACUUCCAGCUAGUGCCAGCAGACCAGAUUUGGUACUUAAUAUCAGCCAAGGGGUACUUGACAAGGAAGGACUUGUCAAAGAAUGUGUCACCGUCCUGGACUGUGGCCAAAAGGACCUACCUGAACAACAUAGUGGGAUACAGGAAGAGAAAGAACUUGAUAAUAUUCCUGUAGAGGAGGCUGAGAAAGAAAGGCUUCCAGUGGUUUCUGAGGAUGCCAUUGAAAUGCUAAGCAAAGAACAGAAUUCCUUGCCAGGAAACUCAAAAUCUGCAGAGGAAGAACCUCUAAUGAAAACUGAAGCUGCUGAAGAAUCAAAGCCAAGGCCUGUCUGUUUGGUGCCAAAUCAAGAUGAGGUUCUGAAGUCGAUAGCACCUAAAACAUCCGAAUUUUCUCCCUCAAGACUUACCAAACCACAUGUUAAUAGACAGGCAAGCAAAAUAGCACCAGUUCAGGAAAAUGGUUUUCAUUCUAGUAAGGAAGAAGUCCAUAUCCAAGACUUGAAAUGCCACCAAGUGGCCCUUACUACUUUUUUGCACCAGGAGGACAAAAAAGAGAAAAAUGCCCCCAGAAAUGGAGAGUUAUUCCACUGCAUUUCAGAAAAUGAGAAUUCUCAUCGAUCUAAGAAGGACUUAGUUAAACCUCCUUUUGUAUUCAGGCAGAGCCGAAUCCCAGUUUUAGCACAAGAGAUAGACUCAACAUCAGAGUCGUCUUCUCCUGUUUCAGCAAAGGAAAAGCUUCUUCUAAAAAAGGCCCAUCAGACAGACUUGGUCAGGCUACUUAUGGAAAAGAGACAGCUCAAAUCUUUCCUUGGUGACCUCUCAAGUGCCUCUGAUAAGUCACUGGAGGAAAAAAUGGCUGCUACUCCAGUACCGUUUUCUGAGGAUGAUGUCUUAUCCUCAUUUUCUAGAUUGACACUGGACUCUCAUUUCAGCAAGCAGACGGAAGAUAGCUCUUUAUCUCCAAGCAGCCCUCAGUCCCGAAAAAGCAAGAUUCCAAGGCCAGUGUCCUGGGCAACCACUGAUCAAGUCACCAGUUCAAGUUCAGCUCAGUUCUUUCCUCGGCCACCACCAGGAAAACCGCCUACUAGACCUGGGGUAGAAGCUAGGUUACGCAGAUACAGAGUCCUAGGGAGUAGCAGCUCGGACUCAGAUCUUAUCUCUCGUCUGGCUCAAAUCCUACAGAAUGGAUCUCAAAGACCAAGGAGUUCUACCCAGUGUAAGAGUCCAGGAUCUCCACAUAGUCCAAAAACACCACCCAAAAGCCCUGUCAUCCCCCGACGCAGUCCCAGUGCCUCCCCUAGGAGCUCUUCUUUACCCCGUACUGCCAGUUCUUCUCCGUCCCGGGCUGGGAGACCCCAUCAUGAUCAGAGGAGUUCAUCCCCCCAUCUUGGCAGGAGUAAAUCACCUCCUAGCCAUUCAGGCUCCUCAUCUUCUAGGAGAUCCUGCCAGCAAGAGCACUGCUGCAACAAACCAAGCAAGAAUGGUCUGAAAGGAUCUGGCAGUUCCUUCCACCAUUCCCCAAACACUAAGACUCCCACAGGAAAGAGCAAAUCAGCCACUAAGCUUAGCAGAUAG